AUGGGAGCAGCAGCAAAAGCCGAAAAAGACGAAAUAAGCCGUCUAUUCCAAGAAAUCAACAUCCAAGCCCUAACAUCUCGCGCAACCGCCCUCCGAAAUGGAGUCCCCUGCACACUCCCCCACAACCUAAAAUACUCCCACGAAACCUGUGGCAAAGUAAUGGGUGGCACAAACUACCACAUCGAAAUUCUCUUUGAAGACGGAACAAGCUGGCUAGCCCGAAUCCGCCGCUCAAAUGCUACUUCUCCACCGACCGAUCUGCAGAAGUAUAUUCUUCGCAGCGAGGUAGCGACGCUCCAGUUUCUCCGAAGAAUCAACAUCCCCACGCCGAUGGUUUACGAUUUUGAUUCAGAUGAGAACAACCCCGUUGGCGUUCCAUAUAUCCUUAUGGAGAAAUUGCCGGGCAAGAGUGUGGGUACUUCAUUAUGUUUGGCGUGGACAGCUGAGAAGAGGCGAAAAGUCCUAAGCCAACUUGCGGAUUAUUAUGUUACUCUUCUUAAUCAUCCGAUGGAUACUAUGGGUUGCUUUAGUCACCCUGGCUCUGGGCGUAUCGGUCCUUUUGCCGUUGAGGCGCUCACGGAUUGGAAGGAUGGGGUGAUGAAUAGUACGGGACCUUGUUCGUCCAUACAAACUUACUACAAGACAGGUAUCAAUUUGACGCUUGAUUUGAUUCUGCGUCAGGAGAUCUAUACGAGUCGGCCUGUUGAUGCUUAUUUGGUGCAUCGGUAUUUACUGGAUAAUGUUGCCAAGGUCUUUUCUUAUAAUGAUCUGGAUGAUGGGAAGUUUUAUCUGCGACAUGCGGAUGAUAAGGGUGAUCAUAUUCUUGUUGAUGAGGAUUUCAAUAUCACUGGGAUCAUUGAUUGGGAAUGGGCGUAUACGGCGCCUAAAUCGGUGGCGUUUAAUUCGCCUAUUGCUCUUCUUCCUGUGAGUGAGUUCUAUGAUGGGGUCAAUCGUGUUGGCGAUGAUGAGGUCACUUUUGCCGAACUUCUCUAUGAGAAGGGACAUCCUGAUCUUGGUGAGAUCACUCGAUGUGGGCGUCUCCUCCACCGAUUUGAUUUUUGUUGUGGGUAUGACAUUUCAGACUGGGAUGGGUUUUUGGGUCUAUUCUUUGGUCUGUUGAACGGACUGGGGGAUAAGUUCCUGAAGAAUCUAGGUGAUAGCAAACAUUUGAACUGGGAGAUAUGGAAAACAGAUGCGAUGGAACGGUAUUGGGAUGACGAACGGCUGCAAAAGCUGAUCGAAGCCACGAAUUUCUUUUGA